CCCCUUUUGCUAGCUUAACGGUAGUUGUUAUGUUAGCCUAUUUUCUUGGACGCUCCUUGCUUAUUUCCCACCUUUUUGGUAAUAUCCUUUAAGCCCUCCUUCGGAAACCAUGGCCUCGGAGGCCUCGGGAUCCCCUCCGUCGUCCCACCAUGACGAGGUGCUCCAGCAGCGAGUGGCCGCUCUGGAGCGGGAGCGGACCGAGUUCAUCAGACUCAAGCAGCAGCUGGACGCCGAGUUCAACCAGAAACGGGCCAAAUUCAAGGAGCUCUACCUGUCCAAGGAAGAGGAGCUCAAGAGGCAGACUGCAGCGCUGGAGAACUCCCAGACCGAGCUGAGCACCGUUCAGGCCCAGCUGGCUCAGGCCUGGGCCGAGAUCGAGACCAUCAAAGCCGUGGCAACCGUGUCGGAAAACACGAAGCAGGAGGCCAUCGACCAGGUCCGCAGCCAGUGGCAGGAGGAAGUGGCUUCUCUGCAGGCCAUCAUGAAAGACACUGUGUGUGAAUAUGAGGUCCAGUUCCACCAGCGCCUGGAGCAGGAGCGAGCCCAGUGGAACCAGUACCGAGAGGCGGUGGAGCGAGAACUGGCAGACCUGAGACGGCGCCUCACCGAGGGUCAGGAGGAGGAGAACCUGGAGGAUGAAAUGAAAAAAGCUCAGGAGGACGCGGAGAAGCUCCGGUCGGUGGUCAUGCCCAUGGAGCAGGAGAUCGGCGCCCUGAAGGCGAAGCUGACGGCAGCCGAGGAGAGGGUGAAGGAGCUGGAGGCCUCCAAGGUGAAAGAGAUGAAUCACGUUCUGGAGGCUGAGAAGUCGUGUCGUACGGACCUGGAGAUGUACGUGGCCGUGCUGAACACCCAGAAGUCCGUCCUGCAGGAAGAUGCAGAGAAACUAAGAAAAGAGCUUCACGAUGUCUGCCACAAGCUGGAGCUGGAGCGGCAGCAGCACAACCAGCUGAAACAGACGUGGCAGCGAGCCAACGACCAGUUCCUGGAGUCCCAGCGCCUCCUCAUGAGGGACAUGCAGCGGAUAGAGAGCGUGCUGUCCUCAGAGCAGCUCCGCCAGGUGGAGGAGAUAAAGAAACGAGACCAGGAGGAGGAUGAAAAGGAGCGUUUGAGCCAAGCGCAGGACCUGCAGGAGGACGAUGGAGGAGACAACACGGAACCUCUGGAGGACUUCCUCGGGCUGAGCAUGGAGGAGCCUCACACCAACCACAGCACCCACGGUUCAAUGCACUCAUUAGACACUGACGUAGUGGCGGGCGGCCCCACGGACACCUACAGGGACAACCUGCGGAGAGUCCAGUCCACGGACAGCCUCGGGUCCUCACUGUCUUCCCAGCAGGGGCUCAGCGGUCACAACCACAAGGCCAAGUCAGCCAGCAACUUGGAUGAGUCAGACUUUGGGCCCCUGGUCGGGGCCGACUGCGGGGUGACAGACUCUAGUUUUGGUGAGACUUCGUCCAUCAGCUCCAUCAUGCUGACAGCGAGCCACUUCCUGCUGACUAAAGACCAGGAGAAGGCGAUCAAAGCCAUGACACCGGAGCAGGAGGAGACUGCGUCGCUGCUGUCCAGCAUCUCUCAUGCUCCUGACACGGCGUAUUUACCGCCUGCAGGCUACCGGCUCGUCAGCGACACCGAGUGGAAUCUUCUGCAGCAAGAGGUAAAGAAUGCAGGAAGGAAGCUCGGCCGACGCUGCGAUAUGUGCUCAAACUACGAGAAGCAGCUGCAGGCCAUUCAGGGACAAGAGGCCGAAACACGAGACCAGGUGAAGAAGCUGCAGGUCAUGCUCCGUCAGGCUAACGAUCAGCUGGAGAGGACGAUGGCGGAGAAACAGAACCUGGAAGAGUCGGUGAAACUAGGGAACGAGGAAACCGCUGCUAAGGUGUCUGCCCUCAUGCAGAGAGUCCAGGACUCGGAAACGCUGCUCAGCACGCUACAGCACGCCUUCAGCGAGGCUAAAAGGAACACACAGGAACAGAUGGCGGUGCUGGUGAAGUCCAGGGAGCAGGUGGCGGACGAGCUAAGUCGGCUACAGAGAGACAACGACAGCCUGCAGGGAAAACACCGGCUGCACCUGGAGCUCCAGCAACAGGAGGACUUCCAGAUGCCCAACACAGUGCAGGAGCUGCAGGGCCUGGUGCUGCAGCUGCGCGACGACAUGGUGGCGCUGCGGACGUUGGCGGAUCACAUGGAGGAGAAGCUGAAGGCCGAGAUCCUGUUUCUGAAGGAGCAGAUCCAGGCGGAGCAGUGUCUGAAGGAGAACCUGGAGGACACGCUGCAGCUGGAGAUCGAGGGCUGUAAGGAGGAAAUAGACAUCUUGGAAGCGUCGUUCUCCAGUCUGAAGACGGAGCUGGAGAGAAUCAAAGCAGAGAAGGAACAGCUGCAGAGGAGUUUAGCGGAGAAGACGGAGACUCUUUCGAGCAUCCAGAGUCUGAAGCUGAGCCUGGAGCAGCAGCUUAAAGAGGUCACCAGUGCAAAGAGCGCACUAGAAAGUCAGGUUUUUGAUGAAAAAGACAAAGCCCAGCGGCUGCAGACGGAGCUGGACGUCAGCGAGCAUGUCCAGAAGGACUUCGUCAAACUUUCUCAGACACUUCAGGUCCAGCUGGAGCGGAUACGACAGGCAGAGUCUCUGGAUCGGAUCAAAGCAAUCCUCAACGACACCAACCUGACUGACAUCAACCAGCUUCCAGACACAUGAUGACCUCUGAAGGCUGCCUUCAGCUUCCCCCACUCUUUUCUCCCACCGGCCUGGUAACAUUAUUAUCCGACCCUUCGUCCUCCGCUCCCCCAGAACCACUUUGGAAGAAGGAAGCAGACAGACCUGGCGGCACGAGCUGUGUACAUUUCAAGCCUCUAAACACAUCCUAGAUAGAAUAAUGAAGAAGAACACUAAAAAAAAUGUAAAUAACCAAAAUGUCUGACUGUGGAUUGAGGGGGUGGAAGCCCCGCCCCCUCCCCGUGGGUUCGCCUGUAUCUCGUUUCUACUGUAGAUAUGACCGUCUGUAUUAGCUCUACCAAAAAUGUUUGUCGUCCGAAGCACUUUUCACCCGCACUCUUUAAAUGUCUCCCUCUGCGCUCAAAGCGGUGGAUCGUCGCUCCACCUCACCUGUUUGUGUUUGUCAAACAUUCUCCACCACGCUCCGGUCGUUUCCUGUGACGAAAACCCACGAUGAAGGACGGAAAAUACUUGCACAUUAUUUAACUGGGAUAACUUCAAACAAUGCAAGCAAUACCUUCCAUUUCUUAAACAUCCUAAACGGCUGUUUGCUUGUUUUGUUGCUCUAACAGAAGCCCCUCCCCCUUUUUUAAAAGGCUGUGAAAAAGACAUUUUUAUUGUUUAAACUUGAUUUUUUUUCCUGUCGAAGCAUAAUCAUAAACGCUACUGAAACUGUUUAUUUCAGGUGAGUUUAAACAGAGUGACAGAUUAAAACAGGACAGAGGGAAUGUUGGAUUUUAUUUGUCCUUGGUUUGUUUUCCGUUCGAUAACGGCCUCAAACUGACGAUGUCAUUUUGAUGAUCUUAAAUUUUAUUGGGCGGUUUUUAAAUUCUGAUGGAAGGAACCCUAAAAGGA